AUGCGUAUCACGGGUCUUCCUCUCCGCUACAUCUCCUUCGUGAAGGGUGGUUUCACUCAAAAACUUGGCGUCCGAGCUGCUUCGACAGCUCCCAAGUAA